AUGUUUGAGAAGGCCAAUGACAGCAGCUUUAGUGUAACGGGCAGCAUACAAGAGAUAGCCGGUCGCCUGGCGGAAGAGCAAGAGGUCAUGCGGCUAUUAGAGGUGACUACAACACCGAAGGAGUGCACUUUGUUUGUGCUUGGCAGCAAGUGUGUGGGAAAAUCGUCCGCAAUUAAUAAAUUUUUCGAUCGCGAGGAACACUCAACACGCCCGACGCUUGCGCUGGAGUACAGCUUUGGGCGUCGAAUAGGCAACGGUAAGGCGGCGCAGGUGUUGAACGUGUGGGAGUUGGGCUCACUGAAUAAUGCCGAACAGUUGCUAGAAGUUCCCAUGCGGACACAUGGACUCCAACAGUUUGCUGCCUUCAUAAUGAUAGACCUAUCCCAGCCACAGCGGGUUUGGGCAGACCUAGACUGUGCAUACAAAGGCUUAAGAGAUACGGCACAACACAUUAUGGAUCAAGGAAUGCCUCAGAUGCGCGAGAAUCUGGAACGUUGCGCUGUAAAUCGAGUAAAGCAUGAUAAUCCGGAUCUACCCACCCUGAAUCUUCUGCCCUUUCCUGUUGUAAUUGUGGGUGGCAAAUACGAUGUAUUCAUGGACCUAGAGCCAGUUGUUAAAAAGCAUGUAUGCCGGUGCUUAAGAUCCAUUGCGCAUCUUAUCGGAGGUGCUGUUCUGUUCCAUUCCCAAAAACUGCCAAAGCUGGCCAAAGUUUUAAGGGACACCAUUAGUCAUUUGGGGUUUGGGAGCCCUGUGAAUCCAUUUCGUGCUCACGUCACAGACCACAACGAAGCGCUUUCAAUUUGGUUUGGUACCGAUAGUUGGGAGCAGAUUGGCAUAAGAGAAAAAAGUUUCUUAUGCUUAGAGCGAAUUGGCGCCACACUAAAAGUAGAGGUGCCACAAUUGGACGUUGAAAAACAAAAAAAGCACUUUCCACCGGAUACCGCAAAAGAUAUUUGCUUCAGGGAGUCAGUAAUAGAUGAGAUGCGUGGUCAGAAAGAUGACGAGCUUGCGGGAAUAAUGCGAGACGUAUUACUACGAGGAAAGUUUGACAGCGUACAAGAUUAA